AACACUAGCCUGCUCUCGCGAUUCUGCGGUUUCGUCUGCUUCGGCAUCCCUCUAACUGGGCUGAAAGGCCCUCUUCGCGGCUCCCCUUCUGAUCCACUUGUAGCCUGGUGGCGCAGUACCUCUUCCUCCCGUGUCUGGUCUGGUGCCGGCCUCCUCGUGGUGGGGGAGCGCUCGCGCCUAGGUGGCUACCAAGCUGCAUCCCUGUUUCGACGACAUCUUCAACCACCAAGGGUCCAGUCUUCUGCCUCGCCUGGAGGGUUAGGGACUAACGCCGCUUUGGUUGGAAGAGAAGCCAAGGCCUCCGGGCUAGACUCCGAGGCAGGCGCAAUGAAUGGUGCUGCCUCAGGAGCUAUUUCUUCUCUGCCCCCGACGCCAUCCCUGAUAGGCCAAAGGUCAACUCCAAGUUUGGUCGGCCAAUCAAUCAUUGAUGAAGUGGUCUCGUCGCGUAUUCAGCGCCAACUUAAAAGUGGUGAAAACAGAGUGACAGAAAGUGACGAUGCUGAGUUUGCGGAUAAUGAGGAUAACGAUAACGAGGAAAAAGUGGGUACAGAGAUAGGUUUGACGAGGCCAAGAGACAUCUUCUCGCUUAGUCGACGCAUACCAGACAGAAGGUCUAAUAUGUGUUCAUCGUCAGUGUCUGACAAGCCUAGACAGCAGACGCCCGUUUCGGAAAUGUCUUCUUCAAUUACCGGCCCUACUCGUACGGUGUCUGGUCGCUUGGACAUUCUUGUCGUGGGUGGAGCAGACCAUCUUCUGCGCAUGCAUUCUUCAUCCUGUCAACGCUGGUGA